AGCAAUCCAGGGGUCUUUUUAUGACACAAUGAAAUAGUAGCCCGCCCCUCACUGAGACGAGCUCGGUUGUGGUGUUGAUUUCCUUAAAUCUAGCUUGGAAGUAUUUCAGUUUUGUAAUUUUGGACUUCUACGCAAUUUAGCUCUCGUUGUUUACCAUAUAUUGCUUCUGAUCUAGCUAUUCUCCAAAUACCGAACUGUUGUAGUCGAACCCCACGUUGCACGACAUGUCUCUCCCCAAUGGUGUGUACCGAACCGAUCAGGUCGGCUCUUUUUUGCGACCAAAACCAGUCCUCGAGGCACGCGAGCAGGCCGCCGAAGGCAAGCUAAGCUCCGAGCAGUUACGGGAGAUCGAGGACAAGUACAUCGCCGACGUUGUCAAGAAGCAACUUGAUGCUGGACUACGGUCCAUUACAGACGGGGAAUUUAGGCGACAAUGGUUCCACGUUGAUUUCCUCCGGCAUUUAGCUGGAGUAGAGCUUCGUGGUGCUUUACAGUCGACCAAUGUCAGCGUUGGGGGUACUAUGCCUCCGCGAUUAGUCGUUGUAGACAAGCUUGGCCACCCGAAAUCUAUCCAAGUGGACGACUUCAAGUUUCUUGAGUCUCAGAUCGCGGCUGCGGGUGCUAAGGCUACACCAAAAGUCUGCAUCCCUUCGCCGACAAUGGUUCACUUCCGCAAUACUCGCGAUACAAUUGAUGAGAAGGCCUAUCCGACGCUGGAUCCGUUCUUCGAAGACCUCGCUCGUGUGUAUCAAGAGGAGAUCGACGACUUAUACAAGGCCGGAGCACGUUUUGUCCAACUCGACGACACUAACUUAGCUUACCUCUGCGAUCCCAAGAUGCGCUCUGAGGCCGAGAAACGACACGGCGACGCCAAUGUUCUUGCGCGCCAAUACGCCGCGCUGAUCAAUGCCGCCAUCUCAAAGCGCCCAGCUGAUAUGACUAUCGGCAUCCAUCUCUGCCGAGGUAACCACCGAUCGCAGUGGUUUGCACAAGGGGGAUACGAGCCUGUAGCUGAAGUACUAUUCAAAGACCUCAAUGUGGACGCCUACUUCCUCGAGUACGACGACGCACGAUCAGGCGACUUCUCUCCGCUCCGUCAUCUACCCGGAAACAAGGUGGUCAUCCUUGGUGUUAUGACUAGCAAGAAGCCUGAUCUGGAGGAUAAGGCGGAGAUCAUCAAGCGGCUGAACGAGGCCGCCUCCUUCUGCCCUAAGGGGCUGAAGCAGCUCUGCCUCAGUCACCAGUGUGGCUUCAGCUCGACAUCCGAGGGCAACGACCUGACCGAGGACGAGCAGUGGGCCAAGGUCAAGCUUCAGACGGAGAUCGCGAAGGAGGUCUGGGGCGAUGAUUUAUCUAUCUAGAUUUUUCAUUUAUACAACCAAUUUAUGGGGGUACGCAUGGAUGAGGAGUUGUGAUAUCCACUAGAGCGGGAGCGGGUCACAGAGAUUUCUGCCCGGUGCGGUUGAUGUCCGGUUUUUUUUUUGGGCGUGUUUACCUUGUAGGUAUAUGGGUAUACGGCGAUGAAGUUAAAGUUGGCUCUUUUAACAGCGGCAACGUAGCAUAAUUCAACAUUGGAUGAGAAGAAGCGGACAUGGGCGGCGUUGAGAUUGGUACAUAGGUGUGUGCGUGUGCGACUUAUAUGGAUGGAAUUCCGAAGUGUAUGAGGUGCCACGAAGGUAAGAGGUAGGAAAAGUCAGAUAAUUCAACCCCAUGCUGAACGAGGAUAAGACGAAGUAUGAUGAGAAGAUGAAAUAGAAAAUAAAUCUACCCAUA